UCAGCCAAAUAAACAAAAAAAAUCAACCAAAAAACAAGUGGAAACAGCAACCUGAAAAAAAAAUAACAGUCGUGAUAUCAACAUCCGAGCACCAGCGAUGGAGUUGCGCCGGAAAAUUAGUUUUCCGGCAUCUGAUUCCGACUCUCCCCGUUACACUCAUAAUGCUCGUCUCUCCUAUCAUCGCCGUCACGUUUAUCACGAAAAGCAAUAACAGAGAAAUUUAUUAUCUUCUCUUUUUGUUCAGUUUUCUCGUCGAGUGAAUAUUAGUGUGAAAAUUUUGUUGUGACGCUUUGUUGCUUGAUGAUCGGGUGUUGUGAGGUUGAAAUGAUGAAAUUGAAAUGAUUUUGUUUAGCCUUCCGUUUUGCAGGCAUAUUUUGUAAAAUUUUGUGAGUUUUUGAGUAACAGAAGGUUAUUAGUUUUAACAGUAUAGACUUGGAUUAGAUUAGAAAUAGGAGUAUUCAACUUUUCCGAUGAGAAUCCAGCCGAUCGAUUCGAUCCCGAGCGACACCGUCAAGCCGCCGGUGUUUAAGUCUCGGCUUAAGAGGCUUUUUGACCGUCCGUUCAACAGCGUCCUCCGGAUUUCAUCCGCUGAGAAGCCGGUAGCUGGAGGAGACAAAGAUGGCGGUGGCGCUGCCGAGAUCGAGCCGAGCUCGGUCUGUUUGGAUAAAAUGGUUCAGAAUUUCAUGGAGGACAACAACGACAAGCCUUCCUCUGCCGCCCGCAACCGCUGCAAUUGCUUCAACGGCAACAGCAACGAUAGCUCCGAUGACGAGCUCGGCUUCUUCUCCGAUUCCAUUUCCGCUAAUUCUUCCUUCAGUGACCCCUCCGAUGCUCUCAGGAGUUUGACGCCGUGCGCGACUGUGGCGGAGAGAAAUCUAUUGGCAGACGCUUCAAAAAUCGUCGAAAAGAACAAAACAACUUGCAAAAGAAAAGACGAUUUGAGGAAAGUAGUCACCGAUGGUCUAAUCACCCUUGGUUACAACGCCUCCCUUUGCAAAUCCAAAUGGGAUAAGUCUCCCUCUAUUCCAGCUGGCGAGUAUGAAUACAUCGAUGUAGUGGUGGAAGGAGAGAGGAUGAUAGUCGAUGUGGAUUUCCGAUCGGAGUUUGAGAUCGCCCGAUCCACGAGCGGUUACAAGGCGGUUCUGCAGAACUUGCCGUACAUAUUCGUGGGGAAAACCGACCGGCUGAUACAGAUCGUGGCGAUGGCGUCAGAGGCCGCGCGGCAGAGCCUGAAGAAGAAAGGCAUGCACAUAGCUCCGUGGCGGAAGGCGGAGUACAUGAAAUCGAAAUGGCUGAGCCCUCACGCCCGCCUCACAAACGAGGAGGCGCCGCCCGAUGAUCCCGAUGUUUUGGAUUUGGGGUGUGAGGGGGGAGAAUUGGACUUGAUUUUCGGUGAGGAUGUGACGAUCUCAUCGCCGGCGCCGAUGACGUGGCAGCUGCCGGCGAUUAAGCCGAAGAGUUUAGAGAGAGGAAAUAAAGUGGUGGUCACCGGAUUAGCUUCUCUCCUCAAAGAGAAACACUGAUAAACAAAUUUUGUUCUCUCUUCUUAAUUUUCAUUUCCACUAGAAUAAUCUCUAAUUUUUUUAAUUUUCUUUUUUUCGGAUUAUAAAAAUCAACUACUCCUAUAUA